AUGACUCUUGAAAAUGACCAAACACUCCCUCGUAUAUAUUAUGAGGGUGAAGGCAAAUUUCUCCAAUUUAAAAUUCAUGAUGUCAUUUUUUGUUGCAAACUUCCAACACCAAAUGAACUCACCUUCAAAUCGGAAGGAUGCAAAAAGUUAAAUGAUUAUACUAUAUUCCGUAAAGUGCUUCAACAACAUUUGCAAACCAAAUCGGACAAUUUAAAAAUUGCUCGAAUUCAAAAUGUUGAUAUUUCGUCUCUGUCUGGAGAAAUUUGGAAAAAUAGCUCGAAAGCAUUUAAAGAGAUGUUCAGGAUGUAUGCCGAAGAAGUUAACAAAAAUAGGACGAGACAUUCGCAGAAACAAUUGAGUAUUGCUAUUGUAGAUCCAACAGGCAAAAAGAAAAAGCCUAGGAAGGUAAAUAAGAACAAAGAAAGGAAGAAUAACCAUUCUAAACAGAUUAUAGAUAAAAUGAAACCAAGUGCCACAUCUAAUAUCAUCGACGAUUCAAACUUCGAUAACUCCCAAAUAAUGAUACCUGGUAACAUCAAUGACGUAAAAGAAAUUCCUGAAAUUUCUCAAAUAGUAAAUGUUGUGAAACACCCCACACAAUUCAAUAUUUUUUCUCCAGAUGCAUAUAUGCAACCACCAUUACCUUCAACAUCACUUCCCUGGAGUAGUUUCUUUGGAGAUGUCACGUCGGACUUCAUAGACGGCAUAAAUUUUGAUAACCUUACACAUAAUGAAUUUAAUAGCAACUUUCAACAACUUCAUACUGACCAUCUCACACCUGUUCCUCCAAACAAUACAAAUGUAUAUAUACCUUGUCAAACCACUAUCAGUAAUUUAGUCAAUGGAUUACCAUCACUUACCGACGAGAACAACAAUUCUGAUAUCAUAAAUGGUAUUAUCUUUGAUAGUUCGCUCUAUGAUGGUACCAAACCACUUUCAACUAGUUAUGAGGACAUAAUCAAUGUUAAUUCCAUAAUUCAACAACCAAUUAACCCUAUGUGUUAUAUGCAACCUAAAUUUACUUCGAUUUCUCCAAAUGAUGUACACACAUACAUACCAACACAAUUAGAGACUGGUAGUAAUCAUAUCGAGUAUCAUAUGUCCCAACUACACACUAUUUUUCCUGACAAUUACGAUAAAUAA